AUGGCAAAUAAUAAAAGGAAUGAGAAAAAGCUGACAAAUAAAUCUGUAGACGCAAUAGUGAAAAAAAGAAAUAAAAGCAAAGAUGCGAUGCGUAGACUACGAGAAAGGAUAAAGUCGGAUCCAGCAAAAUACGAAGAGUCGAAGAGAAAGGAAAGAGAAAGAUAUAAUGCUCGCAAAACUGCGGGUAAAAUAAAGUCAGUUAAAGACAUGACUUCUCGUGAGCAAAGGCAUAUCAGAAAAGUAUGGCGAGAUAAAUUUAAAAUGAGGUAUGAAAAGAAAAAAGAAAGCAAACGUUUGGAAAUAUUUUUGGAUGAACAUACUCCACCUAGCAGUCCAGACAUAUCAGUUAAAAGAUUUGAACUAAAUAUACCUGAAAUUUAUCACGAAAAUUUAGUUCCUUCUAGGCAAAGAGCAACUAGACAAUCUGUUACAGGAGAAAAAAUUAAAAGAAGAAAUCGAAAUAAAUUAAAUGAAAAAAUAAAGCAUCUAAAUACCCUAUUAAAAAAAUCUGAAAUGCGUGCAAGAAAAUACAAGAAACGGUAUUAUAGAUUAAAAAAGGCUGGGAAUAGUAGUAAAGAUAGCCCUGAACAGCAGGAGGUAAAGAAACUUUUAAGCUCGAUUACAGCUACAAAAAAAAUUAAACACAGACUUGGUUUUGGUGAGGCUAUUAUGUCUCAAUUGAAAAAUAACUUUAAACAGGUUAAAGGAAAAAAGGAUAAAAGAAAGUUCAUACAAUACAUUUCUGGAAAUAUAAUAAAGCAACAAGGUUAUACCAAAUACCUUGCCAAGAUUGCUUCAAACAAAAUUCUGUAUGGCAAACAGACUAGAAAUAAAAUGUGUUUUGAAAGAGUACUGCAUACUAAAAGGCUUAUUAAAGAAUUCCUGUCUAAAGAUGAGCAUAGUCGCCUGUGUCCAGGCAAAAGAGAUACAAUUACAAGAAGAAGGAUUAAAAAACAAAAACGGUAUUUAAAUGAUACACUUAAAAAUCUGUAUACAAAAUUCAAGCAGAACAAUCCUACGUACCAAAUUUCUUAUGCCACUUUUUGCAAAUUUCGUCCAUUUUGGAUAUUGCAACCAACUUUAAAUAGUAGGCAAACUUGUAUGUGUAUCACACAUGCAAACAUGAGCCUUAUCGUACAAAAAUUGAAAUAUUUAAAAAUAAUCAAUGAGAGUUCAUCGCAAGAAGUAGUAAAAUCUUUAUGCUGUAACCGCGAUAGUGAAAGAUGUUUGGAAAGAAAAUGUCGAAAAUGUAAAGAAAACAAGAUAAGCUUUUUAGAUUAUGAAGGAGAAGAUUUUACCAGUUACCAAAAGUGGAUAAAUAAAAAGGAAAUUCUGGUAAUAAAGGGAAGAGAAAAAACUUGUUCUAAAACUAUUAAAGAACAGGUAUCUUGCAGAAAAAGUGAGCUUUGCAAAAUGUUUCAAAACUCGAUUCCCAAGUUUUUGUUGCAUACCAGGAACAUAUCCCAUCAGUACAAAACUGUAGACCACAUCAAAAAAACAUUGUCUGAAGACGAGGUACUCUUUCAUAUCGAUUUUUCGGAAAAUUUUGUGUGUAAAUACGCCGAAGAAGUACAGUCAGUACAUUUCGGCGGCUCUAAGCAACAAAUAUCUUUACAUACAGUAGUUAUUUAUUAUAGACCUUCCAGCGAAUCAACUGCGGUUCCAUUGUCAUUUUGUACGAUGUCAGAUGAUCUUAGACAUGAUCCAGUUGCCAUAUGUGUCCAUUUAGACUUGGUGAUAUCUGAAAUUAGAAAACGUGUACCUGUUUUAUAUACCACACAUUUUUUAAGUGACGGUCCAACAACGCAGUAUCGUAACCGAAAAAUGUUUUUUUUGAUUGGUGCUUACCUUUCUGAAAAAUUACAAACAAAUACUGUGAGAUGGCACUACAGUGAAAGUGGGCACGGUAAAGGUGCGCCUGAUGGCGUUGGAGGCUAUAUCAAAAGAGAAGCUGACCGCCUUGUUUCACUAGGAAAAGAUAUUUCCGAUUUUGGAAAGUUACUUGAUGCCUUUAGCAAUUCUUCUGUCAGAGUUUUAGGACUUAGCAAACAUGAUUUCAAAACAGCCUACAACAACAUCGAGUUAUUGUUACCAGAGAAACUCCCAACUUUUAAAGGGACAAUGAAAUGCCAUGAAAUUUAUAGUAACUGCAACAUCCCUGACAAUGAUGAGAAUAAAGAUGUGGCUAUUCCUGUAGAAAGUAAUAACUUUGAUAACAUUCCUAAUGUUAACCAUAAAAAUGAAAACAACGAUUUGGAUUAUGAUGAGCCUAAUAUUAAGCACAAUGGUUGGAACAGGUGGAUGGAGACCGGCACUGGUUUGUGCAAAGAUAAGAGCCCCGUUGUUGUUUUUGUUACAGGCCGUGAUUACCCAAACGUAUAUUGGCUCGUGUUGCUUGUUUCACUCUCCUUCAGCAAGCAUCUUACAGCUUUCAUUGCUUUAGCUUUAGAAGGCAAAGAUCUCGGUCCCACACCCUAA